ACAAAAGAACCCAUACAAGAAGAGAGAGAGAGAGAGAGAGAGAGAGAGAGAGAGAGAAAGAGAGAACCAUGAAAACCAGUUGCAGAGUCCUCAUUCAUUUUCUUGUUAUACAACUUCUAACCAUUUUAUGUGUUUCCAAGGAUUUUGAUUUCUUCUAUUUUGUUCAACAGUGGCCAGGGUCCUACUGUGAUACAAGGAGAAGCUGUUGCUACCCAACCACAGGAAAGCCAGCUGCAGACUUUGGCAUUCAUGGGCUUUGGCCCAACUACGAUGAUGGGUCAUAUCCAUCUAACUGCGAUAGCAAUGCCGUAUUCGAUCCAUCUCUGAUCUCAGACCUGACCAGUAGUCUGGAAGCAAACUGGCCUACACUUGCCUGCCCAAGCAGUGAUGGUUUGAAAUUCUGGUCUCAUGAAUGGUUGAAACAUGGAUCCUGCUCAGAAUCUGUCCUUGAUCAACACGGAUACUUCCAAGCAGCUCUCAAUCUCAAGAAAAAAGUGAACCUUCUCCAAGCCCUUCAAACUGCAGGAAUCAAACCAGAUGGGAGGUUUUACAGCGUGGACAAAAUUACAGAAGCCAUAAAAGAAGCCACUGGUUUCACCCCUGGAAUUGAAUGCAAUGUUGAUAGCUCAAGGAACCAUCAACUCUACCAGGUUUACUUAUGUGUAGACACUUCUGGGUCUAACUUCAUUGAGUGCCCAGUUGCGCCAAGUAGCCGUUGCGGUUCAAAGAUUGAAUUCCCUUCUUUCGGAUCAAAUGAUCACAUGGAACUGUAAUAGAGAUUUGUCUUCAUAAUAUAAUCCAUUAGCUUACUCUAUAGGUUAGAAAAUAGAGCAGGCUGUAACAAUUUGGUUUGUCUCACCCUUUACCUUUGUUAAGGGCUUUGUUGUAGCUUUGGGCUUUCUAGCCUUCCAACUUACUUUUAUCUUUCAAUAAAAUUGUUUUUAA